CGACGCGAAUCGACGCUAAAUGGACACCGAUCGACGCUAAACUGCACGCCCGAAUCGAUUACCAAACGCCAGUGCACGCCAAUGCACUCCAAAGACGGAAGUCCGAAAACAUACAAGGCUCCCGUGAUUGGCCAUCGAAGUAUCGGUACGAGUUUCUCCUCUGAAUCCUGGAAAACUGCAUGACGACAAAGAUCAGCACGAAGCAGCUCACGGUGAAGGCGGACAGCUGGAGGCACACCACCGCAAAGCCCGACCGCUCCCAACCCGCCUGCACCUGCAGCUUGUCGACCUCGUCGGGCCCCGAUGCCGUCGGCAGCAAACCGCCCGCGUCGGACAAGAAACUGACGCAGGCGGAGAGCACCAGGAUGCCGUCGUCCACGCCGCGCACCGCCUCCCGGACCGCCUCCGUAAGCUCCCCGCUCGAGCGGAAGACCGAGCCCUGCCCUUCCGCCACGAAGGAGAUGAUGGCAAAACUCGCAUCGACCUCUUCAGGGGCGGACCUAUAGAGAAAGAAAAAGCGGCACAAACAUAAACUUUUGGAGGCUCACGCGGAUUUCUUGGAUCUGCGCUGGGCCCCCCCUCUGGCGCGCGGAGCGCUAAACGUGUAUGUUUAUGACGGUUUUGCUUCUUCGAACCUAGCGCAAAUGUGCUCGGCCGUCAGCGAAAUGCCGGUCACACGGACCAUGGAGUAUCCGUAUGAGGAUGCCAGCACCUUCUCAAAGGUAGGAAGAUGGCUGCCGAACGAGUCGGCCACCCUCGAUUGGCUCGUCGAGUCCGGGGCAAAGGCGCUUAUGCCCAGCUCGGCCUGCAGCUGGAAAUUGCUCAGGUGAGACGGGACAACUGACAUAGACGUCGGGGCGAAUACCGCAUCUGCGGGGGCAUCCCCAGCAGCCGUGCUACCAUACGCCCCAAAUAUCAAACGUGAUACCCACACCACAGUCAGGCGGCGUCUGGGUGAAAGUCCGAACAUUGGCACCCGCGCGCCAGCCGUCCGUGGACGAACUACAUGGCACCCUUGAGCCAAGGCCUGAGCCA